AUGGGAGAAAUCUCUGUGGUGAAUCCAACUAGCAAAAAGCUUCAAAAAGUGCAAGUGCUAAUUGAUACAGGAGCUGAAAUGUCCUUUAUUGGAGGUGCCCUAGCUGAAGAGCUAUGCCUGCCAAUAAUUGAGGAAAAGGAGCUAUGUUACUACACGUUCGGCUCAUCAGAAGUGCAAAAGAAGCAAUCACGAAGAGUUAAGCUGCCAUCAUGGGAUAGUGAUGGACAGCUCCACAUGCUGGAUCUACUAAGCAGUGACAUCUUCACAAAAAAUUUUGCUCUCCCACCUUCACUGAAAGUCGACGAAGAAACGCUCCGUUCCACUGACAUGACGCCUGUAUUAAAACCACAUGGACAACAAGUGAAGCCAAGUAUUUUACUAGGAUGCGACCAGGCAUGGCAGUUUCUUAGGAGAAACUGUUUUCCAAUCCAACUCCCAUCAGGUCUCUAUGUUUGGCCAACCACCCUGGGCAAUAUUUUGGCAGGGCAGAUGAAAUCGUCACAACACAUUUUUCAUUUACGUCUUGGUAAUGACUAUGAAGGGCUCGCUCAGUGGGACAAGUAUUGGUCCUUUGAUCCGCAAAUAAACAUGAUCCAAGAAGAUGACAAACCCCCAGGCGACGAUGAUGAGAGCAAGUGGGAAAAGUAUUGGCAAUUGGAAACAGCAGGUAUACACGAAUUUGGGAACUCAGAGAAGGAAGAAAAAGAUCGUCAAGAUAAGGAAGUCUGGGACAGUUUCAACCGCACCGUGGAGCGCAGAAGUGACAGUUAUUACGUAAGGCUUCCAUGGAAAGACGCUCAUAUGCUGUUAUCAAAUAACUAUUCCAUAGCCAUACGCCGCCUUGAGAAUAUCUGGUGCUCAAUGCAAAAGGAUCAAGAUCUCCUCCAACGCUACGAUGCGGUUUUCCAGGAGCAAAUCCUGCUGAAUAUUCUCGAGGAUGUACCCAGAACCGACUGCGCCACAAGAGGGCUCAAGAAGGGCGAAUUUGGGGCUCACCAAUGGUGGAAUGGACCUUCGUUCUUGAAAGAGCAAGAGUGCAACUGGACGAAAAAAGAAGAGAAGUUCCAACUAGAAUCGCGUGAUCUGAAAGGAGGCCCGAAAUACCUUUCUCGAAUGACUAUUGAGCCGAACCCCACAACAGAAAGAAUAGAGAAUGAUAUGACCGCAACUCUCAAUGAAAUACACAAUCAAGCAACUGUCGCCACAACAGUGCGAAGCGAGUUGUUCCAUAUUCUGUGUAGUGCAAGUCUUCGCGAGAUGGGAUCAGCAAAAAGAGUUCAACUCUUGAACCACUUUCUGCUCACUGUCAGUCUUACAAAGGAACGACUUCUCCGCUUCGGAACACGCUGUUUUGAUGGAUCGAGUCUACGAAAGUCGCACUCAAGGAGACGAAGAACUGGCGAAUCAAAGGGAGGAGUGGUUGCAGAUGAUUCCCAAGUGCAGAUCAAAGAGGUUAUGGCCAACAUUGAAAAAGAUGUCCGCCGCUUGGAAACUACUAUGAAGGAAAUAAAGGAGUAUAUGGCAGCUGCAGAUCGUGAACUCAAGUCUAACCGUCAGCAACUGGAAGCGGCAGAUAUACUCACUAAGAGCAUACAAGCCUUGGAGGAUAAAGUAAGGAUGAUACCGAACCAGUCAAGUGAUGAUAAGAUAAAGAUACUUCACGAAAGGCUUACUGCCUUGGAAAUGACCUAAAAAUCUACAGAGCCUCGAAAAGGCGAAUCGCUGACAGUUUAAGUUGAUGUUAGUAAGGGAAGCACUGUCGUCGCACAGGAGAACGUGCAAGUUGCGGAAAGGAAAGAAGAUCCGAAAAAGCCACUUCCGGCGCAGACCAAAGAAAGGGCUGAAAGAAAACUAUUCGAAGAAACAGACUAGCAAUAUUUCGGACGCUUGGUUCUGGAAACAAGUGAAACGAAGCACAAAGCAAAGGAUCGUAUGUUGUUAUCGAGCGUAGAAAAGGCAGUCGAGAGACAAGAGCCAUCGGAGGACCGUCAGAAUCAGCUACAGAGGAAAAGAACUUCCAGCGACAGAGAACCAAUCGCCAUGGUCUGCUCGACUAAGCCUUCAGUGAGUCACAAAAAAAGGCAGAAUUAGUGUAACAAUUCAUCCAAGUGUAGCAAGUCAGUCCAAAGAAUUGCGCAGAGAAAUCGAUGCGAUGGAAUCUGCCCUUUCCAAGUACCCGUACAGGAAAAUAAUCCAGUGGUCUACGGGAAUUCAGUCAAGUAUCGAAUGCAUCUUCUGUGGGUCCAUGGGAACCCAUUAUUCGGACUCGUGUCCUAUAGUCGUUGA